GAGAGAGAGCCAGUGCCGCGCGCUUGGCGGUGGGAGCGUGACGCAGUGCCAGCGGUGGAGCCAGGGUUGCAGGACUCAGGAAACAAGAGAUAGAGAUAAGAUACUAAAAGACAGAAACGGGGCGCGGAGGAUGCGAAGAAUUUAAGAGUGAAAGGACGCGCCCCAUAAGGAUCCGUCCGCGAUGAUAGGCGUGUCGUAAGGAUCUCUGCUUGCCCCGCCCCUCCCCUUCGCCGUCCGGAGGAUCCCCUGGCGGCGUAGGAGCCCCGGGCGAAGGGCGAGAUGGGCGAGAGGGGCCUGCCGACGGUCAGGUGGUGGGGCGUCUCGCCGGACACCGUGUGGGUUGUGAUGCGAGGCGAGAGCGGCGAAGCCAUCGUGGGCGCGGGCGUGGGGGAUGAGGGCAUGCUAUCACGACAGAGCUCCGGGGGCGUCAAGUCCCCCGCCAGCCCCCCCUUGAGCGCCGCGGCCUCUCAGGUGUCGCUGGCGCCCAGCGACCUCACCACCAGCGACCCAGACAUCGCCGGCUCCUCGGCCUACUCGUCGGCGCCCUCCUCCAGGCCGCCCUCGUCCUCACAGGUGUCCCUGGCGACAAGUGACCUGCACUCCAGUGACCUCGACCUCACGGCCACCUCCUCUCCCACGUCCUCCCGCCCGCCCUCGUCUUCGGGCAUUGCCACGCCCGACCUCACGCUCCCCGCGCCCGAGGACUACACAGCAGAGACAGUGGAGUUCCCGACGAGUCCCUUGGCCAUGAAGACGGUGGGCCUUAAAUCCAACGGCGUGUGCCUCAUGGACUCCGAGGAUUCAGGGACAGGCACACGCAGCAUGUCCAACUUCCUCAGUCCAGACUACAAACCAGAUGAGCUAGAAUCUUGUGAGAAUUCUCCCAGACAGGGAGAUGGCUUUGAAGUCAGUAGUGAUCUAGAGGAGGAUUAUUUCGAAGAAUUCCAUCUGCCAAACUCACACGAAAACGCCUUCGUGCGGCACAAGAGCUUCCGCCGCAAGGUCAACCUGACCCCCAUCAACGCCCCCGACGCCGAGAAGAUCGAGGGCCUCGUGCGGGCGGGGGAGUUCCAGAGGCACGGCAGCAUGCGGCGAAAGAUCGUGCCCGCCGAGACCACCAUCCAGGAACACGUCGACAAUGAAAAGUCCGCGUUGGAUAGCAACGAGAACAUCAAGGAGGCUGGGGCGAACGUCACGCUCAAUUCCGAGGUGGGAACAUUUGCCAAAGACCUCCAGGAAAUCGAAAAUAUGUUGAAUGACUGCGAAGUGGGGGAAGACAUCUCGGACAUCGUGCUCGAUUCAACUGCGGGCAAUGAUUUAAGGAAGGAAUUAGAAGAAAGUGACAGAUCGACGCUCAACCAGGGCAAAAUCCAACACACAAACACGUCCACCCCCAAAACUAACAGCACAAGGAGCACCUCCACCUACGCCGCUACAGACCUGAGUUUGAGUCUGACGGAGGAGAGUCGCGAGGACGAGAGCCUCAGCAUCGAGCAGAGCACGCUCAUGAAGGUGCGAGAGUGCCUUGACUUCACAAAGUACAGAGACUUGUACAACCUGAGUGGCAGAUUGCAGGACAUUCUGACACCAAAAGAAGUGGAGGAAAUACUGAAUAAUUCCGAGCGGUAUAGUGAAUACGUAGAUAAGGAAGUAAUUGAAGCGUUACAUAACUCCCUGCAAGAACAGAUUAGUUCACAUAAUACCAGAAAUACAGUGGACAGUGGAAUUUCCUCACCAAAGAAAACCGUCAUAACGACGGAAGGCCUCGAUCUGGGCAACACCGUCAAAAAGGAUAUCAGGGCAGUUUUCGAUGACAGCAGUCCAGUAGUUCAUGAAAAUGACAGCAAUAGUUCAAAGCGGUCCUCAGAUAUCUUCAUUGACGACAUUGACUUUGAUGACAGUGAUGACACUGCCUUUAGAUUUGAGAGGCGCAGAUCCCUCAGGCUGAGCAAGGAGGGCCACGAAGAGCUGGAGGUCGAAGGGGUCUUUGUCGAGAGCAAGUCGCAGGACCUCGGCAUGAAGAAGAUCCCGGCGCCCGUCCUCGACCUGAGCGGUGCGACGAGCGAAGACCUCAACGACGUGCCAGACCUGUCCAACUCCGAAAUCCCGCACACUCCCCAGGUGCCCGCUGUGCCAGGGGAGAACGAGACCCGCGUGCCAAACGGCGUCGCUCAGAACAAGCCGCUGGAGGUGCCGGACAUUGUUAUUACAGGCACUUGCGAUCAGACCGAGACCCAAGACGAGUCCUCUGAAAAUCUUUUGGUCGAAGGUAGCGACUUGUCCGAUGUUACCUCAUCGUCCCUCAUCAAUACCCCGAGCACCACGUUUGAAUACAUGACGCCCAGCGAAGAGAGACCGAAGGACCUUGACUUCGGGAACAUCAGCCAACGCAAGCGCAUUUCCGUGGCCGAAGACAUCUUGCGGUCGCCGGUGGAGGACGACAACAUCUCGGUUGCUUCGGCAUUUAGUCAGCGCAGCGACGGUGAAGACGAAGAUGAGGAUGGCUUCGGUGAUGAGGAUUUGGAUAUCUACCAGACGCCGAAGGGAAACCUCGGGGCCCCCAGCGAGAGCACCCAGCACCUGGAGCCCAUCCCCACCCCGCCUCCACAGCUGCUCAUUCCAGAGUUCUCCGCCUCCGAGGAAUCUGCCGAGGAGAGGCACUGGAGGAGCGUCGUCAUCGGCGGCGUCUGGCGCAGAAUAGACAUGAAGGUCAUCGCGCCCUAUCGCAAGUGCGUGAGUCACGGAGGCUACCUGGGUGGAGAUCAGAAUGCAGUGAUCGUCAUCAGCGCCUGCCAGUUGCCAGACCGCUCACGAAGAGACUACAACUACGUUAUGGAUAACUUGUUCCUUUACGUUUUGUCAACUCUGGAGCAGCUGAUUGCUGAUGAUUACGUGUUGGUUUACCUUGCUGGAGGAACCCCCAAGUCCCACAUGCCCAAUUUCCACUGGUUAAAGCGAGCCUAUCAGAUGAUCGACCGCAAACUGCGAAAGAACUUAAAGGCCCUCCAUGUGGUGCACCCCACCUUCUGGGUUCGCACAGUUGUCGCCUUCUCCAGACCUUUCAUAAGCACGAAGUUUUACCGGAAGCUUACCUUUGUCAAUAACCUUACGGAGUUAGCACAGGUUGUUCCCCUUGAUCAGCUAGAAAUUCCAGAUGCUGUUAAACACUUCUUGAUUCAAGAAGCAGGCAAAGGCAAGCCACUUCACCAUAUGAGUUUUUGGCUCAGUCCAGCCAUUCUUGGGGUUAAAUCAAUACUAGCGGACUUUGAGCUAAUGAUUCGAGAGAAGAAGAAGAAUCUCAACAAGAGCAGAACACCCUCUCUAGUAGCCAGAUGAGGCACUUGUUCUCCACUUCUCUGAAUGUUUUUGCCUGUUGUUUGUCAGUUCAGAAGUUCAGACAGUCAUUUCUUGGGAGGUCAUUGGGAGUGUGUGCAUCUGGAUAUGUAUUGCUUUUUCCCUUGUUCUUUUUUUUCUAAAAUAAUUGUUUUAGUAAUGAGAAUAACAUCAUCUUCCUGUCAAGCUUCUUUUGUGUGAAUGAUGAAAAGGCAAACUUUUUGCAUUAUAUUGAUUGUUAUUUUGUGAGAAUGUUAUGUAACAUGUAUGCCUGUCUGUUUUUUUUUAUGUCUUCAGGUUGUAGCUGUCUGUAUAUGCAUUUCAAAUAUGAAUCAUUUAAAUAGGUUUAUGAUGUGGAAGACAGUGUGGUUACAAUCAUAUAGCUGCCUGUUUCUGAAACCCUGUGCUGAAGCAGUGCAUUUAAAAGUUACAAGGAAAAGUCAUUUUUAUUAAGUUAUAAAACUGUUUCAGAUAUCAGUUCUCAAUAGGUAGUGAAAUAUGUCUUUGCUUCAUGUAUUACAAAAAUAGUUUUGGAUUUUGAAAUGUCAGGAGCUGUAGAGAAGAUUGUACUGUGUAAAUAUGUAAGGUAGAAGGUAUUUGCCAAAUUUGGAGGAACUGGCUCUUAGCAAUUAACCUUUUUCUUCAUUCAUGAUACAAAGUCUGAUUACUUAGGGCCCCUAUGCAUAUUCUGUAUAUAUAACCUUACAUGCCAUAUGACUUAUAUUUCUAACCAUCUGGAGAAACUUAAAUGAAGCUUCCAGUCUUCAGAUGGAAUGUCACCAAAAUGUUUAGUUUCUCCUACUCCUGUAAAUAUAACAUUAAUGUGAUAUCCUAUGUGAUACUGGUAACUGUAUAGUGAUGAUCUUGACAGUUAACAGUGACUGGGAAAAAAGGA